UUUUGGAUUUUGAAUAUAUUAUUAUUUAUUAUUUAAUGGAUAAAUUAACAAUGGAUUUCAAUUAUGAAAAUUGUAUGAAGGAAGGUUUGAAAAAUUUGGCAAUUACAUCUACAGUUAAAAUUAAAAGUGAAGAAAAAUAUUUUAAAGAAGUCAUGCAGCAAGAUGACACAGGAGUUAAAAUACUUAAGAAGUUAUCUGGUAAUGAUUUACCAACUUUUUAUAUACCUCAAGUUACUGAAGAAGUAAAUAUUUUCAAAGCUCAACUAAGAGCUGAAGCACGAGGUCGUUUUUUCGAGAGAGAGCUGUCAAGACUAUUAACUAGUGAAGAGUUAAAAUAUAUGUGGACAUUGCUUCAAGAGCAUCAUACACCAUUGAAUAAUUUUAUUCAUAACCAGUACAUCAAUUAUAAAAGUUUUAUUCAAGUCAAACAAAAAUUAAGUGAUAAAUACAAAUCGUUUUUUAAUCCUAGUAUAUUUUUACAAUUACAAGACAGUAAAAUCAAAGGUUUUUUAUCUAUAGAUACAUUUUUUAACUAUAUAAUGAAAAAAAUAUGGAUAGACCAAACUAGAAAUGGACUUUCUCAAUAUGAUUCAAGUGGUUGUGGUUAUCUGAGUGAAGCGGAUUUUGAAGCUUAUAUUUUAGAUCUUAUACCUACAUUAACACAAUUGAAGAAAUUAGAAAAAAUGUUUUAUUCGUUUUAUUCAUGCAUGGUUGUAAGAAAAUUUUUUUUCUACUUAGAUCCUUUGCGAACUGGAAAAAUAAGAAUCAUUGAUAUCUUAUCUUGUGGUUUUCUCGAUGAGUUAUUGGAGCUUAGAGAAGAAAAUUGGAGUAAAGAAUCACAGAAAAAAAAUUGGUUUUCUGUUCCAUCUGCUCUUCAUAUUUAUUCAUCAUAUUUAGAAUUAGAUAAAGAUCAUAAUGGAUUAUUAAGUCGCCAAGAAAUAACAGGGUAUAAAUCAGGUGCUCUCACAUCAGUUUUUUUAGAUAGAGUAUUCCAAGAUGCAUUUACAUAUAAUGGUGAAAUGGAUUACAAAGGUUAUUUGAACUUUGUUUUAGCUACAGAAAAUCGUCAUGAACCUCAAUCUUUACGAUAUUUGUUCAGAUUUUUAGAUAUAAAAAAUCAAGGAUAUUUAGAUUCUUUUACUAUUAACUAUUUUUCAAGGGCUGUUGCCGAUAGAUUACCAAAAGAGCAACAACAAAUGGUUUCAAUGGAAGAUAUAAAAGACGAAAUUUUUGAUAUGAUCAAGCCAGAAGAUCCAUCAAAAAUAACUUUAAAAGAUAUCAUACGCAGUAAAAUGGGUCAUAUAAUAGUGAAUAUUUUGGUCGAUUUCAAUGGGUUUUGGUCUUAUGAGUUUAGAGAAACUUUAGCAACUAAUAGUAUUAGCGACAAUAAUUUUAAUGAAAGUUUUGUUACAAAUUAACAUAUCACAAAAUUCAGAAAAUUUAUUUAUUAGGUACCUUAUAAAUGUUUAUUUUAUG